GCUCUCCUGAAAUGAGAAUGUAGAUACGAGAAAACGCGCCUAAAAACGAAAAACGCUCAGAGGCACUGGAACCCGGAGGAUAAAAGGGGAGGAGUUUGCCUUGGAUGAUGAACAGGGAGGGAGUGUGGCACUGGAGGAGCGGGUUGCGCCUCUGACACUGAAAGGCUCGCCAAGGGGGCGGGGCCCGGGAGGCCGUUGGCGGCUUUGCUGCGAGCGUGAGCGCUCUCUUCCGAAGUUCCUUCGAGAGCGGUUAGAGGUGGCAACGGAGUGACCGCUGAGGAGGCGGGGCUCCACCGAACGCCCGGGGGAGGGCGGCAGUUGCCCUGAGGGGGCUUAGCGCCUGGUGUGGUUGCCACUGGCAGCUUUUGCCACUGACAGCUUUUGCUUCUCCUAUAAACAAUGGACGAGUCCCCUAUGAUAGCUGGGCCCUGCCUGCCUGGUCCGGUCGCCAUGGGUGGGGAGAACGAGGCUGAAAGCCGGCAAGGCCCUGCGGACCGAGCCAACGGAGAGUCGCGGCUCAACCUCUUGGACACUUGUGGGGUGUGUGGGCAACAUAUUCAGAGUCGGCGGCCUAAGCUACUUCCUUGCCUUCACUCGCUGUGUCUGCGUUGCCUGCCCUCUCCUCAUCGCUACCUCAUGCUACCACCUCCCUCGGCCCCUUCGCCGGGCGGCGGCGGCGGCCCCAAAGAUCCGCCGCUGCCGCCGCCGCCACCGCUGCUUCAGCCGUCCUCGGCACCUUCUUCACCAGUCUCCACGCCGCCUUCGCCGUUGCACUGUAAUCCGGUUGGUGUUGUUCGCUGUCCAAUUUGUGGCCAGGAAUGUGCAGAAAGACACAUUAUUGACAACAUCUUUGUGAAGGAUACUACUGAGGUUCCCAGUAGUACAGUAGAAAAGUCAAAUCAGGUUUGUACAAGCUGUGAAGACAAUGCAGAAGCCAAUGGCUUUUGUGUGGAGUGUGUAGAGUGGUUAUGCAAGACAUGUAUACGGGCUCAUCAAAGAGUGAAAUUCACAAAAGACCACACAGUUAGACAGAAAGAAGAGGUUUCUCCAGAAGCUGUUGGUGUAACUAGUCAAAGACCUAUGUUCUGCCCUUACCACAAAAAGGAGCAAUUGAAACUCUAUUGCGAAACUUGUGACAAAUUGACAUGUCGGGAUUGUCAGUUGCUAGAGCACAAAGAACACAGAUAUCAAUUUAUAGAAGAAGCCUUUCAGAAUCAAAAAGUAAUAAUUGACACUCUUAUUACAAAAUUGACGGAAAAAAGCAAGUAUAUAAAAUAUACAGGGGAACAGAUUCAAAAUAGAAUCCAUGAAGUGAAUCGGAAUCAAAAACUGGUGGAACAAGAUGUUAAAGUUGCUAUUUUCACAUUGAUGGUAGAAAUAAACAAAAAGGGAAAAGCUCUGUUGCAUCAACUUGAGUGUCUAGCUAAGGAACACCGAGCCAAGCUUUUACAACAGCAGCAAGAAGUGUCAGGACUUUCUAAACAACUGGAACACGUUAUGAACUUUUCUAAAUGGGCAGUCUCCAGCGGGAGCAGCACAGCCUUAUUAUAUAGCAAACGCUUGAUUACAUAUCGAUUACGAUACCUCCUUAGGGCAAGGUAUGAUGCCUUACCAGUAUCUAAUGCUACUAUUCAAUUUCACUGUGAUCCUAGUUUCUGGGCCCAAAAUAUUUUCAACUUAGGUUCUUUGGUAAUUGAAGAUAGUGAAAUCCCACCACAUAUGCCUAAAAGCCCUGUGACAGAACCAAACAUACAAAGUGGGUUACCUUCAAAUCAACUAUCCAAGUUCCCAACGCAGAUCAGUUUAGCUCAACUUCGACUUCAGCACAUGCAGCAGCAGGUGCUUGCUCAGAGGCAGCAGGCACAGCGGAGGGCAGGUCCCGUGGGGCUCCCAGACCCUAGAAUUGCAGGGCCCAUGCACCAGACUCCUCCUCCUCCACCACCACCACCUCCUCCUCCCCCUCCUCCUCAGCAGCCACCUCCACGUUUGGUAAACUUUCAGAAUCACAAUUUCAAAUCCAUUGGAUCAAUUCCUCUGGCUCAGCCAGUGAGGUUUCCUCAAAAUCAAAGCAUACCACAUUCAUCUGUAAAGCCAUCUCCAUUACAGAUGGCAAUUUUGGCACAGCAAGCCAUUAAACAGUGGCAGAUCCACAGUGGUCAAGUUUUGGCUAAUUCCUCGAGUGCUAGCAGUACAACAUCAACUUCCUCCAGUCCCUGUGCUGCUGGAAAUGAUGGGAAGACUUUUGUUCCAUCUAUGAUUGAUCUGAAUUCAACAAUGAGUGGUUCCUGUACCUUGCCUUCUUUACCAGAUAUUGACUGUUCAGGAAGUGUACCAUUGGAAAGUAUUGGGAAGAGAGAAGCAUUUGCAGAGCACACCCAAACCAAACAAUCUUCACGCAAAACUGUGCAGUCUCCUAACUCUUCAGUUCCAUCUCCAGGACUUUCUGGGUUGGUUACUGUUUCUGGUGUCCAUCCUCCAAUGCGUUCACCCAGUGCCUCUAGCGUAGGAAGUCGAAGCAGCUCUACUUCUUCUGGCAAACCAUCAGGUGCAGAUUCAACCCAGAGAGUCCCUGUGGUCAUGUUAGAGCCUAUCAGAAUAAAACAAGAGUCUGGUGUGCCAAGUGAGAACUAUGAUUUCCCAGUUGUCAUAGUGAAGCAGGAAACAGUUGAAGAAUCCCGUAAUCAAAAUGUAAUCAAAAUUAUGAGAAAUAGUCUUAAAUACAAAAGGUCCAGGUUUCCAAGAGCCAUUCUUUCCUCAGUGUUACUGAAUAGCAGCCACUCCUCUGAAGCAUCAGUGUUGAGAACAGAAGCACCAGACAGUACAGGUGACCAACCAUCCAAUGGCAAGACAGCAUGGAUAGGAUCGCCACAUGGGGGAGAUGGCAGAAAAGAUGAUGAUCCUAAUGAGGACUGGUGUGCUGUAUGUCAAAAUGGAGGAGAACUUUUGUGUUGUGAUAAAUGUCCCAAAGUGUUCCACCUUUCGUGUCAUGUUCCUACACUCAGGAAUUUUCCAAGUGGUGAAUGGAUUUGCACAUUCUGCUGUGAUUUAUCUAAACCUGAAGUAGAAUAUGAUCGUGGUGUCUCAACCCAUGUUUCUGAAGAAAAAAGAAAACUGGAUGGCAGUCUGGGUUUGGCACCAAUAGAUCAGAGGAAAUGUGAAAGAUUACUUUUGUACCUUUACUGCCAUGAAAUGAGCCUUGCUUUUCAAGAUCCAGUCCCUCCCACAGUGCCUGACUACUAUAAAAUAAUUAAGAAGCCAAUGGAUUUGUCAACAAUAAAGAAUAGAUUACAAGCACAUCACACAAUAUAUACAAAGCCAGAAGAUGUUAUAGCUGAUUUCAGGCUGAUAUUUCAAAAUUGUGCUGAAUUUAAUGAGCCUGAUUCUGAAAUAGCUGAUGCUGGAAUGAAACUAAGUUCUUAUUUUGAGGAACUUCUGAAGAACCUUUUUUCAGAUAGAAAAUUCUCUGUUCAGCCUUAUUGCCAUUCUGAUAAAAAUAGUCCAGCCCCAACAGAUGACUCAGAUGAUGAUUUUGUGCAUUCCCGGAAAAAACGCUUCAAAUGGGAAGAACACCAUUUUUUUAAGUAAGCUGCUUAUAUGUACUCUUAAGCAUUUUUUACUUAAAUAUUUAUCAAUUUUUCAUUUUCUUAAAGUAAUUUUUGACAUCAUUGAUUUCUACAUAUAAGGAACACUUACUGAAAGUAAUGCCUUCCCCUGUUGGUAUAUAUCUACCAUGCUUAUUUGGAAAUGAAUUACACUCUCAGUCCAAUGUGUUUUGGGAGGUAAAAAAUUAAAAACAACUAAUUAAAUUAGAAUUAGAAAUUGCUAUUUCAAGAAAAUAGGGGUUCAGAAAAAAAAUAAAAUUAUCAAAAGCAUGUGGCUGGCCAAAAUUAUAAUUCUUUACAAUUUUACUAUACUUAAACAUUAGUCAUUGGGGGAAGAAAAGCACCUGGUUUGCUAUUGUCCUAAGUUCCUGAGAAGUACAAUGACUUGUGCCCUAAAAGCAUGGGCAGAUGAAUUAAAGUUCUUUGAAAAUCUA